UCUCUCUCUCUCUCUCUCCCACUCUCUCUCUCUCUCUCUCUCUCUCUCUCUCCUGACUUAGUGACAAACCUGAAAGCCUUUUGUUGCGAUCUUAGCCAAUAGAGGCGGAUUACGACAGCGGCCAGUGGGCUUAUAUAAAGGGGGGCUUUCCGAGCGCGCUUGUACACUUGUCAGUGACAACACACAAAAAAAGAAAAGCAAAGAAAAGAAACAUCUUUCACCCCUUUCAUCUUUCAGUCAAAAAACCGUGACUGAGGUCCGUCCAGCUGUCCGUCCAAGUGUCAGAAACGACGAGGAACGACGGCCGGCUCCUCCGCCGGGAUGCAUUAAGGCGCCUCAGUGCCGCUCCAAACUCCGCCGGACUCGCCGCUUUGUUGUCCUCCAUCCUCCUCUGUUAUGGAAACUCACACUUGAAGCGAAAGCACGAGCGUCUGAGUGGGUUUCUCUCCGAGGGUCGUCAUCCUUCUCCUGCUGCUGCUCCGCGUCGCUCUCGUUUUGGAAGCCCUCCUCCGGAGGAAGAUGGCGAGGUACAACUUUCUGCUGUGUCUCACGGUGCUGGUGGGUUUGGAGCUCUCCGGCAGCGACGAGCCCGACCUCUCGCUCCCGCCGCCCUCCCGGGACGCGGAGCCGGACCUUCACCCUGACCCGGACGCCCGGGUCUCCCUCAUCGAGGUGGAGGACUCCGGCGCCCGCGAGUGCUCCGCGUGCGUUUGGCGCGAGCAGAGCAAAGUGCUGCGCCUGGAGACCAUCAAGUCGCAGAUCCUGAGCAAACUGCGGCUCAAGCAGGCGCCCAACAUCAGCCGAGAGGUGGUCAACCAGCUGCUGCCUAAAGCGCCCCCUCUGCAGCAGCUCCUGGACCAGCACGACUUCCAGGGGGACGCGUCCCCGCACGACGAGUUCGUGGAGGCGGACGAGUACCACGCCACCACCGAGUCGGUCAUCACCAUGGCCUCGGAGCCGGAGCCAAUAGUGCAAGUGGACGGGAAGCCCAGUUGCUGUUUUUUCAAGUUCAGUCCGAAGCUGAUGUUCACCAAGGUUCUGAAAGCCCAGCUGUGGGUGUACCUGCGGCCCCUGCAGCAAACCUCCACAGUUUACCUUCAGAUCCUCCGACUCAAGCCUGUCACUGACCAGGGCAGCCGGCACAUCAGGAUCCGCUCGCUCAAGAUUGAGCUGAAUUCGCGAUCGGGCUACUGGCAGAGCAUUGACUUCAAGCACGUCCUGCAAAACUGGUUCAAGCAGCCACAUACAAACUGGGGGAUCGACAUAAAUGCAUUUGAUGAAAGUGGCAACGACCUAGCUGUGACCUCUCUGAGACCUGGAGAAGAAGGGCUGCAGCCGUUCCUGGAGGUGAAAGUUCUCGAGACCACCAAGCGGUCGCGGCGGAACCUGGGUCUGGAUUGCGACGAGCACUCCACCGAAUCCCGCUGCUGUCGCUACCCGCUCACGGUGGACUUUGAAGCGUUCGGCUGGGACUGGAUCAUCGCACCCAAGCGCUACAAAGCCAACUACUGCUCGGGUCAGUGCGAGUACAUGUUCAUGCAGAAGUACCCGCACACCCACUUGGUCCAACACGCCAACCCCAGAGGCUCAGCGGGCCCAUGUUGUACCCCCACCAAGAUGUCUCCCAUAAACAUGCUCUACUUCAACGACAAGCAGCAGAUCAUCCAUGGCAAGAUUCCCGGUAUGGUGGUAGAUCGCUGCGGCUGCUCUUAGACAAACGCACAACUCGUUCAGGCAUGGGAGCGUGCUCUGCUGCGCUCCCGCCACGUCUCGGAGUGUCUCUUGUUCCCCCUUUUCCCUCCUGUCCUGGAAGAGCUACACAAAACAUAAAGGAGGUCUUUAGUUUAUCACUGUAGUUCAACAGAUAACAGAAUAAUUCAUUGUAAAGCAGUAUAAACUGAGGCCUACUGGCAGAGACUUCUGUGAAUGCUUUUAAAGGGUGAGUGCUGGAAGACCGGCUGGUGAGCGGAAAGCGAGAUAAAAACAAAUGGAAAAGAGACAAAACGUAUACCUUUUAUGUUCUUAUGUUCCUUUUUAUUUUGAUAGUUAUAAAAUAGAUUAUACGCCAGAUUUUUAAGCCUUACAUCUUUCAUCCUGCUCUGUGGAAAGGGCAAAAUACAACACUGAGAAGAGUUUUACUGUACCAUGGUCCGUCUAUAAAUAUUGGGAGAGUGAAGUCAAAAAUGCCCUGCUCACAACUGUGCGCUCAGUAAUAUACAGUCAUAAACUGCAAAAGUAGUGUGUUGGUUCAACCUUAAAACAUUAACACACAAUUUAACUGGGUUCAUUAAGCUCAAAUAAGUAGUUUGAACAUAAUAUGUUACAUCAAUUCAAACCGCAGAAACACUUCAAAUCAGCUUCUGCCCCCUUUUUGAAACAGUUUGAACACCCCUGGUUGACUUUUCUGCCAAUAUUAGUGCUUAAUUUCUAUUUAUUUGUUCAGCUUAACAUAUUACAUUCAAUAAAAAAUAUGACAUAACUUUUAGACAGGCCAUCUUGUAUGUUUCAUUUUUUCCCCAAUACAUUAAAGCAAAUAAAUAGUAAUUGUGCACAAAAAAGUACAAAAAUUGUGUUCUCUGUAUAGGACAUGUCACUUAUUUUCACUUAGAAAAUGAACAUGUCAUUUGAUCAGGGGUGCACAAACUUUUGCAAGCAUCAGACCAAUUCAAAUUGCACCAACUAAAAUUAGUGACAUAUGGAAAGAAGAAAAGAACACUAUCCAAAAAAGCUAAACACAAAACAGGUUAAAAAGUGACUUUUAUUCUGUUCUUUUUAUUUCUGUUUUUUUUUUCCAUCCGGAAAAUCACUUCACUGUCCCAAUAGUUAUGAAGGGCUCUGUAUGUAAACGUGAAAUAACUCCACGAUUCUUAACAACACAUUUCUUUCAGACUCCAAACGAUCCCAUUUUCCAUGCAAACUGAUCUAAACUGCACUCCGAGCGUAACAAACUAGAGAAAAUAUGCCAAAAGACACAUACAGUGCUGAAAAAUUCUAGGGCAGACCCCCCUCCCCUCCCCUCUGCGAAUGCAGCUAGCACCCCAGUGCGAGAUUCCCAAGAGUCCAGGCACCCUUUCAUGGCCACUUUGAUCUUCUUUUUACUCGUGAUCUUGUAAAAGACAAAAAAGAAGAAGAAGAGGACUGAAAAGAAAGGGCUUUUUUUCAGUACUUUUAAAUGAGAACAGGAAAAGGGUUUGCCCCGGCAAUCGAGUUACGACGGUUCUUGUGACCACGGCACUGACUCACACGUGAAGCCUGACCUUUUGAGCAUCGGUCCCAGCCAUUGUUGAACCAGGACUGGUCCUUAGUUUCAGUAGGAGAAGUGACUGCAGAUUGUGAAGUGUGGACUUAAGUGUAAUUUAUGCUUCUAUGUUCCAUUAAUGCUUUAAUGAAAUACUGUAUUUCAAUAUUCUAGCCGAUUCCCAUCAACAAGCUGUGGGUGUGAGCCCCUCACUGGUACUUUCUGUAGUCAAUUAGGUCAAUAAGCCACAAGCAAGAUUGCAUGAAUCGAUCCGAUUUGGUCUGCAAGGCCAUAAGCUUUUACAUAUACAGUCCAAUAAGUUCUAGAUAUUAAAGGAGAACUCCACCGAUUUGUCAGAAUUUCUGCAUUAUUCAGGGGUUGAGAUGUAAACAGUCAUUCAGAGUGGUUUGGUGUGAAAUGGUUCAGAUUUCUUUACAGUGGUGAUAGGAACCAGGCGUCACCAUGACUACAAGACAGAUUUUAUCCACACUUAAAAAAGGAUUGUUCUUCAAGGGUUCUUUAGUAAAACCUAUGAUUCUGUUUAGCCAUGACUUCUAUAUAGAACCAUUUCAUGCUUAAAUGGUUCUUUGCAUGGUAAAAAUGGUUCUUCAGAGUGCGUUCAUGCUAUAUAGCACCAAAACCGGUUCUUCUAUUGUUACAAGCUUGAUAUCCUAACGAUAGCAGAACCCCUUUUGGUGUUUUAGAACCAUAUACGACACAUUUGCCACCAAUCUGAAGAACCAUUCAAACAUGCAAAGAGCCAUUUAAGCAUGAAAUGGUUCUGUAUAAAACUCAUUGUUCUAGACAGAACCAUUGCUUUUACUAAAGAACCGUUCAAGAACCAGAGUUCUAGAAUGAAGCGUUUCACAUUAAACCACUCUGAAGGACUUUGUUUAUAUCGUAAUGAUUUAAUUAUGCAGAGAGUUUGUAAUGAGUGGAGUUCUGCUUUAAAGGGUUAGGUGUGAGAUAUAAACUCCAAAGUGCUGUGUAACUGUUUGGGCGAAAGUACAUUCAAGACAGUCUAAUUCAGUUACACUGAAAUUCCUGACAAGUUCCAGCUACUAAGCUGAAAGAAUAAAACAUCAGAAUCGAACAUUUUUCAGAGUAACAGGUUGUUAGGUUUCCUAAGGAGGAAACAAAUGAGAUAGUUAUGAGUAGUAGUGUAGUAGUUGUACAAGGUAAAACGACAGUACACAGUACAAAAACUACUUGUGUUGCUCUUUUCGGCUUCCUACUGCAGAACUGCUUUGCAUUUUAUAAUAUUUAAAAGAAUACAUUCGACAUUAGAUUCACUUUUAUUACAAAGCAGAUACACUGUGAUGGUUUUACACCCUUCACAAUUGUUUUACUGGAGCAAUACAGAAUUUCUAAAACUGUUUCAUGCAGUAGACAAAGAUAGUUCGUCAUUACUCACCCUAUACUAUCUACACUAAGCUUACAGUACAUUGUACUAUAUACAUAGAUCAACUGACCUUUUUCAGCUUUUUUGUGUAAUUUAAUCACGGAGAUGUAAGCAGAGUCAUUCAGAGUGGUUUGGUGUCAAAUGGUUCAGGUGUCUUUACAGUGGUAGUUAUAGGAACCAGGGGUCGCCAGGACUACAACACAAAUAUAGACAUUUAAGUCACUAUCAAAACCAGACAUGAACCUACAUGUGUCUUCUGAGUUUUUAUAUGGAAUGAUGAUGAUGAGGAUGAUGAUGAUGAUUAUGAUAACAGUGAUAAAUCUGAAAAAAUAAGUUUUAUUUGGUUACUAUUUUGCCUCACAACACCCUGCAUGUAUCCCUCCACCAUGAAAGGCUUUAACAAAUCAUUUUAGACUUCAGCUCUGACCUCAGGGUGUGCAUUCAUAACCAUUUCAUGUGAAAACUUUCCGUGAGGGAGCUCUUAGAGGUGGACGUCUGGUUCCUAUCACCACCACUGUGAACAAUUCUAACUCUUAAUUUUCUCUAGAACAGAGCAUUUCACACCAAACCACCCUGAAUGACUCUUUUCACAAAUAGACUAUUUAAUUGUAAAGAAAUGUUAAAAAAUGAAUGGAAUUAGUUUUGAAUGACACAGUCAACCCACGGUAAGAAUAUUACACUCGUUUUUUUCAUCAUAGACAGUAACUGUAUUUUAAAUACCCCAAAAAAGUUGAUGCUCUCUAAGAAGGAGAACCUACCAUCAGUCAUUUGGUCAUGCACUCUUAUGUUUUUUCUAGGGUUCUUUAGUAAAGACAGCAACUUGAUACAGAACCAUGAACACUCAAAGAGCCAUUUGCAUUGUGAAAUGGUUGUUCAGAUUGAUGUAGAA